UGGCGGGCAGCGGCACAAACCAAGAGCCUGUGUCCCUAUUGGUUAAAGCCCAGAGGCUUCACCCAACAAAGGGGGCGCUGGUUGGUGGAGGGGGGACCAAUGAGAAGGCUCGACACGGGUGUCGAAGGCGCGCGGAAGCCACCCGCUAUCGGGAACACGUACUUCCACCUGCCGUGAGGGCCACGGUGUCCUGAAGGCCUUGUUGUUCCUGUCCCCUGGCCUGCUUGGCUGGGCUUGGUUGGGCUCGACCGUCUCCCCAUAGGCCAGGGUGCCUGAACUGGCGCCAUGAGCUCCCCCGAUGAGGUGUCCGUUUGGGGGGCCGGUUUCGACCUGGAGGGUGGCGAGCAGGCUGGCACCUGCACAGUCAGCCCCGGAGCCCCACAGGGCCACAGCCGAGGACUCGAUCUGGGGGCACUGCACAGCAGCAAGGGCGAGAGCAGGUUCACAGAUCCCGAGGGCUUCAGCUUCGAGUCUGAGAGCGAAUUGAUAGAGCAGGGAAGGGUGGUGCUCUGGGGCCAGGAAGGCCGGCCUAGCACCCUGGUCGACGACCAAGGGGACGGUGUGGACUACUCGUCCUACCUGGUUGAUGAGGCAGCCGCCAUCAUGCCACCGUCCAGCAUCCAGGGACACCCGUUCCCUGAAGGCGCCACUACUGAAGGGUCCGCUGAAAACUGGGUGGACCUGGAGGUCGGUCCCAGUGGGAGAGGCAUGCUGAGCCCCAGCCCUGGAGAAUGGCAGCAGGCCUCUGCCGGCCCUCUCCACCUCAGUGUUCCUGAACCAGGCCGGGCCUGGAAGAACCCAGAAAGGGGCUCGAAGAGCAGAUGGAGCGUCCGCGUGGACCCCCAGCAGCCCUCUGUAAUAGGCCCCACCAGGAUGUCUACCCACGACUCUGAUUCCUCCAAUGAGACCAGUGACUUACCACUGAUGAUGGGCAUUCGCCACAAAGAAGGAAGCCAAGCCAAGUUCGGCAGCCACAAGAAGCCAGCAGACACAUCCAGACACUCAAGCUUCCACUGCAAGGAGAGUUACUUGCCCGUGCCAGGCCGUUUCCUGACCUCUGCUCCCCGCGGACUCACUCCAGUCGUGGAGAGGCCGGCUGUGGGAGAGCUGGAGGACUCUCCCGGGAAGAAAAUGCUGAGCAGGGCCUUGGGAAAGGUGGAGGCCAGGCCCAGCUGCUCAGGAGCUGCCACUGCAGGGGCCCUGCCCUGGGGCCCUUCUAAGAGGAAGAUGGCCCAGGAGAAGUCUCUAGGGGGUGCCUCUCAACUGGCCCUAUGGAGACCCUUUCCUGCCUGCGGAGAGAGACUCUCAGCCACUCCCCCAGGGCUGGCCACCUCCCAGCCAUUGCCUGGUGUGCGGCCGCAGGGGAUGUCCAAGAAACCCCAAAAGCCUAAGCACAGCAGCCCUGGGAAGAAACCAGCAGGAAGGAAGACCAGGGAGUCCCAGGCUGUGGCCAGAGAAGAUAAUGACCCAAAUAGAGAUGAGGUCCCAAGGGCCCAACUUCCCACACACAGGCCAGGACUGCCUCGCCUAUCCAUGCAUCGUGGAGAAUUCAGCAAUAGCGACCCCAACAUCAGAGCUCCCCAAGUUCCGGGGACUUCAGAGCCCUCUGCCUACAGCCUGGGAGGCCUCGUGCCCAGACGCCAUGCACCCUCUGGUGACUGGCAGCCACCUGUCCGUCCCCCAAGACUGGAAAGGCAGCAGCAGCCCCCGGGAGCCCAGGGCUGUCCUCGGUGCAUCCGGUUGCAGAGGGAAACUGAGGACCUUAGAGACCAACUAGCGGCCAUGCAGUUCCUCACUGACAAGUUCCAGGACCUUUGAAGUUGGAGCCAGCAUCUUCCUACAAGAUGAACAGCUGCCACCUUUGGAGCUCCGGAGCUGCAGCCAAGCGGGUUCCCUCCAUAUCCUGUUCAGCCAGGGCUUCCUCUCUUCCGCUGCAUUUGCCCCCUUCCCAACGCAGUUCAAAGCAAUUUGAAAUAAAGUCGUUCUCAUAUUC